AUGGGGCCCCACCCGACGCUCUCCGGGCUCAAGCGCUUUGCGCUCCGUCAGAAGCCCGUGGACGGGACUACGCGCACGGUGCACUGCGGCGCCCCCGAGCGGAACCUUAAAAAGGGCUUCGCCAAGAAUGCAAUCCACACCACCAAGUACAACUUUCUAACCUUCCUCCCGAAAGGCCUCUUCGAGCAGUUUCGGCGUGUGGCGAACAUCUACUUUCUCUUCCACGCGUGCCUCUCCCUAACCCCAAUCACCCCGGUUAACCCCAUAACCACGAUCCUGCCCCUGUGCUUUGUCAUCGGCGUGGCGAUGAUCAAGGAGGGGAUUGAGGAUCUCAAGCGCGGCCGGUCGGAUAAAAAGCUGAAUGGGACGAUGGUCGACGUGGUUCUCGGCCCGGGGAAAGUGGAGCCCCGCCGGUGGCGAGACGUGCGAGUCGGGGACAUAGUUCUAGUAAAGCGCGACACAUCUUUCCCGGGCGAUCUGGUAUUCUUGGGCUCGAGCGAUCCGGAGGGCGUUGGCUUCGUAGAGACGAUGAAUCUGGACGGAGAAACGAAUCUCAAGGUGCGAAACGCGGUGGAAGCGACACGGGAGCUGUACCCCGACGGGUUUGUAACAUUCGACGGGACGGUUGAGUGCGAGCAGCCUAACCCGUCGCUGUACACGUUUGCGGGAAACCUAACCUGGCGGGGCGAGGUGAUCCCCCUGGGGCCCGAGAACGUUCUCCUGAGGGGGAGCGAUCUGCGGAACACCGGGGAGGUCUACGGGGCGGUGAUCUUCACCGGGCACGAUACCAAGGUCAUGAUGAAUGCGACGGCGCCGCCCUCUAAGCGGAGCUUCAUUGAGAAGCGGCUGGAUUACAUCAUCCUGGGGCAGCUCGCACUGCUAAUCGCGAUGUCGACAUUGACGGCGGUGUGGUUCAGUGUGCGCCUGGGUGACGACAUGGAAGACCAGUGGUACCUGCGGCCCGACGACACUACCGGCACCAACUCAAUCGCAUCGGCGCAGUUCAACUGGCGCAAGCCCGCAAUGGCUGGCUUCCUCCAGUUCUUCACAGCUCUCGUUCUGUAUGGUUACUUCGUGCCCAUCUCGUUGUACGUGUCCAUCGAGAUCACGCGCGUCAUCCAGGCGGCGUUCAUCAACCACGACGUGCGGAUCUACCAUGAAGAAUCCAAUAAGCCGACGCGGGCGCGCACCUCCAACCUGAACGAGGAACUAGGCAUGAUCCAAACCAUCCUGUCCGACAAGACCGGCACGCUCACCCGCAACCAGAUGGACUUCUUCAAGUGCUCCGUCGCGGGCGUCUCGUACGGCAAGGGCAUCACGGAGGUCGAGCGCGCCGCCGCGGACCUGCUCGGACGGUCCGUGUCCAAAAAGGACAUCGACGAGCCGCCGGACAUGCCGCUGGAAAAAGGGUUUAACCUGCGGGACGCGCGGUUAACCCAGGGUUGGUACCGGGAGGAACGGGCGGAGGUUGUGCGGCGAUUCAUGGAAGUACUGGCGGUGUGUCACACGGUGAUCCCGGAAGGGGACCCGGAUCCGGCCAGGAUCAAGUACAUGGCGGAGUCGCCGGACGAGGCCGCGUUCGUGACGGCCGCCAAGCACUUCGGCUUCUUCUUCCACAAGCGCACGGGAUCGGGGCAAACCGGAUUUCUCUACCUGACGGAGUCCCUGCCGGACGGUAAAAGCCGCCAGCUCAAAUACGAGCUGCUGAACAUCCUGGAGUUCAGCAGCAAAAGGCGGCGCAUGUCGGUCAUCGUCCGGGACCCGGGCGGCAAAUCGCUCCUGCUGUCCAAGGGCGCUGAGACCAUCAUCUUUGAGCUCCUGGCGGCAAACGACAAGGCGAAGGAGUUCCGGCGUGUGACUGAGGACCAUAUCGACCAGUACGCGGAGGCCGGCCUGCGGACGCUCGCGCUGGCGUACCGAGAACUGGACGAGUCCGAGUACCAAGAGUGGGCCGUCCGGUGGCGGGGCGCCAAGCAUGACGUCAGCAGCGCCGCGGAGACCGCCAAGCGGCUGGGGGUGCUGGCUGACGAGAUCGAGCGGGACCUGACGCUAGUCGGGGCGACAGCAAUUGAGGAUAAGCUGCAGGUGGGCGUCCCCCAGACGAUCGACAAGCUGGCCAAGGCGGGCAUCAAGCUGUGGGUGCUGACGGGCGACAAGAUGGAGACGGCAAUCAACAUCGGGUACGCGUGCAGCCUGCUGCGGCACAACAUGGGCAAGCACAUCCUCACGCUGGACCACCCGGAGGUGCACGAGGCGGAAGCCACCAAAGACGCCGCAAAGAUUAAGGAGGCGUCCGUAAAGUGCGUUCUGCGCCAGAUCAGGGACGCUUUGGACAGCUUGCGCAGCGGCGCGGCCGCCGAGUCGGUGGGCCUCGCGGGGGAGGCGGCUUCGAACGGGCUGAUCGUGGACGGCAAGUCGCUGCUGGCCAUCUUCGAUGACCCGGGCGCCAAGGCGGGCUUCCUCCAGCUGGCCAUGCUCUGCGAAUCCGUCAUCUGCUGCCGCGUCUCGCCCAUGCAAAAGUCGCAGGUGACACAACUCGUGCGCCGCGACGCGGGCGAGAUCUGCCUGGCCGUUGGCGACGGCGCGAAUGACGUGGGCAUGAUCCAGGCGGCCAACGUGGGCGUGGGCAUCAGCGGCUUCGAGGGCCAGCAGGCGGUCAUGUCCUCCGACUUCGCCAUCGCGCAGUUCCGCUUCCUGGAGCGGCUGGUACUGGUGCACGGGGGUUGGUCCUACAAGCGCAUUUCGCGCAUGAUCACGUACUUCUUCUACAAGAACUUCCUCUUCGGCUUCACCGUCUUCUUCGGCAACGGCUACGCCAUGUUUUCCGGCCAGUCCAUCUACCACGACUGGUACCUCUCCCUUUACAACGUCGUCUUCACCAGCAUACCCAUCGGUGUCGUCGCCUGUAUCGACCAAGACGUCUCCCCUCGCUACCGGCUAAAGUUUCCCGGACUCUACCGUCCGGGGCAGAUCAACCUGGACUUCUCGUGGUUCCGGAUUGCGUCGUGGCUGCUCAACGGCCUUGUACAGGCCAUAAUCGUGUUCUGGCUCGCAUUGGGCUACUACCGGCUGCAAGCCAACAUGAGCGACGGGAAGAUAAUGGACCUGUACGCGGAGGGCACCACACUGUUUACCGCGGUGGUGGUUAUCGCCAACCUGCAGCUCGCGGCCAUCAUCCAGUACUGGACGUGGAUCCACCACCUGGCCAUCUGGGGCUCCAUCAUCGUCUACAUUCUCUUCCUUCUAGUUCUCAGCGCGUUCCCCGUCGCCUGGUCCGGCGAGGGCUACGGCAUCUUCCAGGGAAUCGUCGCUAAGGCGCCGUCAUUCUACGUAAUGGUCCUGCUGCUGACCGUUGCGGCGCUACUGCCAGACUUUGCAACGCGGAGUUAUAUCUGGAUGCGGCGCCCCGAGGACACCAACAUCGUGCAGGAGAUCGCCCACAAGGCCCGGAGGGGCAAACUGGCUGCGCCCCAGCUGUCCCCCGAAGCGGAGGAGGCCCCGCCGGCGCGGCCGCAGUCUCGGGGCCGGUUCGGCUCGUCUUUGCUCGGACUGAAACGGCAGUCGUUCGAGCAGCAACGGUCGUUCGAGCUGCGGCAAAUGCACUCGCCGGCGCCGAAAAUGAAGAAAAUCGUUUUGCCGAAUGGGUCGUUGACGAGUCAGCGGUCGAGUAACGGGCGGCUUGAAAGCAUGGGCGCUUUGGAGGAAGAGGUUGCGGGUAAUGGGUAUGAGAGGAAUGGAGAGCUUCGGGGGGACGGGAUCGUGGAGAUGCAGCCGUAUAGGUGACAGUAGGCUAGCUUAUUGGAGAGUUUUUUUUUUUACAGACGAUUUUGCUUGUCAUACUGUAACCUGAAUACUCGUCACAAAUACAUACAUAUGAACACGGC